AUGUCAGUCACCCUCCAAGCUCAACGGGAAUACCCUCCAGAUAUGCAAUGCAAAGACAAAUUUCUGUUACAGAGUACUGUAGUGCCUCCAAAUACUGAUGUGGAUGACCUCCCGGCAGAUACCUUUAAUAAGGACAGCAGUAGGGAGAUACAGGAGUGCAAGCUUAAAGUUUUUUAUGUAAAUCCUUCAGAAGAUGAAGGAUUUAAGAGCUACACAGAACAAGGCGCUGAUUCGAACUAUACUGUGCAGCACCUGAAGGAUGAAAGAGAUACGGCAUUUCGGCAAACACUGCAGCUGCAACAGGAACUGGAUUUUCUGAAGAGACGACGACAACGAAGAAAUGACUCUGGCUUCUCCUUAAUGUUUGCGUUUGUUGUGGGACUGAUCGGGAUACUGUUUGGGUUUCUGUUGAAUCUUUCAUUGUCAUCACCGUUAGCACCAUCAUCCAUAGAUUAAUCUACACAUUACCAGCAGCAGCAUCACCAUCUGUAGAUUCACCUACAGAUGAAAUAUAAUGCUCUUUUAUAUGUUAACCAGUACUUUUGUCUACUUCAUGUCUAAUGCUGCAUGUUCGAUGGAGAGUGCAAAUUUCCUUUAAUUUUGUGAGGUUUUCU